AGUGAGCAGCUGCUCUGGCUGGCCUGAGGCCCCGGGCAGCUGGCCAAGCCCAGCUGCUAUAAAAGGGAGCCAGCACUCAGCCCUGCAUAUCUUCUGUCAACUCUCUCUCAGGGAGACCAGGUGGGGCAAAUCCUUGGGCACCAUGCUGACAGACCUGGAGAAAGCCAUGGACUCCCUCAUUGAUGUCUACCACAAGUACUCCCUCGUUAAAGGGAAUUAUCACGCUGUCUAUAAGGAAGACUUGAAGAAAUUGUUAGAGACAGAGUGUCCCCAGUACACGAAGGAAAAGAAUGCAGAUGCCUGGUUCAAAGAGUUGGACUUCACUGCGGAUGGUGCCAUUAACUUCGAGGAGUUCCUCAUCCUGGUGAUCAAGGUGGCCCUGGCAGCCCAUGAAGCAAGCCACCAGGAGUAGCAGAGCUAUGGCCCGUGGGGCUGGCCCUUGGACUUGUCCCUGCACAACAAUAAAGUAGCUGAUGCCUCAGGA